GAAAAAAAUAAAAGUUUUGGGAGCAAAAAGUUUUUGGGUUUCUUAUUCGGAGCCUCAAAAGAUCGAAACCCUAAUUAAUCGCUUUAUUAGAUCCUCUCCCUUUAUCUUUUCUCUCUAAAUUUUCAUUUGUUUUUCCAAUGUCAAAUGAUGAAGGCAAAAACCUGUACCAGCAGUAUGAUCCAUUCCACUACAACCAGCUGGAUAUGAACCGUUCGAUCUUCCAUCAACAGGCGUUGGAUCCUGCUUUCAUGAGCUUCACUAACUUCUUCGACACGUCGUUGGACUACAACAGCCUUUCGAGGGCGUUCGACGUGUCGUGCUCUUCAUCCGAGGUGAUUUCUCCUGUGGACGACAAGUCGAAGAGCGGUGGAGUAGGAGGGAAGAGUUUAAUAAAGCAGUCGUCGACGACGACGCCUAAUUCUUCAGUGUCGUCUUCGUCAAAUGAGGCAGCAGCGGCUGAAGAAGAUUCAUUCAAGAGCAACAAAGAGGACACAAAAGGGAGCGAGAAUAAUAAAGAUGAGGAAAAGUCUAAGAAGCAGAAGAUGAUGUUGAAAAAGAAAGAGAAACGACAAAGGGAGCCCCGGUUUGCUUUCUUGACUAAGAGCGAGAUUGAUCACCUUGAAGAUGGAUAUAGAUGGAGAAAAUAUGGACAGAAAGCAGUAAAAAAUAGCCCUUACCCCAGAAGUUACUACAGAUGCACCAGUCAAAAGUGUCUAGUGAAAAAACGAGUUGAAAGAUCGUACCAAGAUCCAUCUGUGGUGAUAACUACAUACGAAGGCCAACACAACCACCAUUGCCCAGCUACACUGCGAGGCCAUUCUGUAGGAAUGAUGCCAUCUCCGUUCUACGCCUCGGCAUCGGCAUCGGCAUUGGCAUCGGCAUCGGCAGCGUCCUCCGGGCCCACGCUCCCCCAAGAACUCUUCUCUCAUUUGCUUCCGAUCACCAGCUGCCAAACCGACCCGGUCGGCUCGAUGAUGUACCAAAAUCUAAAUCUCCAGCAACACCUUCAGAACAUGCCAGACCAUUAUGGCUUGUUGCAAGAUUUGUUUACUGAUCAUCAGAAAUAGGAUCCUUAAAUCUAGCUACUUUAUGUAAUGAGAAUUAUCUUCAGGUUCUGUAUAUUUUUCUUUUUCCAGCUUUGGAAUGCCCUCUUGUAUUAGGGUACACCCCAUGGAGAGUUGAGAUUUCUUAGUUUGUUAUGUAUAUUUUAACCUAUAAUAUGGAGGAGUCAGAACCUGUUCUUCGUCAUUUAUCAUGCAUAUUUAUACAUAUGUAAAAGACCCAUUUUAAUUUUCUCCAAGAUUUUGAUCUUGGAGGGGUUUUUUUAUUUAUAUU